AUGACACGUCUUAGGCACAUUGACUUUGUUGGUACUAUUCUAUUUAUCGGCGCGACGGUUGCCUUCGUCAUGGCUGUCUGCUUCGGAGGCAUCCUCUAUAAUUGGAACUCGGGACAAAUGAUAGCUCUGUGGAUUGUUAUGGGCAUCCUCUACAUUGCUCUUGGAGUGCAGCAAGUGCAGACAAUUUUCACUAACAAGGUUGAUCGCAUGUUUCCCGUCGAAUUCUUCACAGCCAAGUACAACAAGGAAAUCCUUAUUCUUUUUGCAUCAAUCGCCGCGGCAUCCACUAUCGCAUUCACACCUCUUUAUAUGAUCCCAUUAUACUUCCAGUUUACACGUUCCGAUGGGGCGUUGGACGCUGGAGUACGCCUGCUGCCGCUUAUCUGUACAAUGGUGUUCUUUUGCAUCGCUAACGGCGGCAUUAUGGCAGCUACAGGCUACUACAUGCCGUGGUACUUGUUUGGGGGCAUUCUCAGUCUCGUUGGCGGGGUGCUGUUCUUUGCUGUGGUCGACACAGACACAUCGACCGCAAAAAUCUAUGGGUAUAGCGUGUUCAUUGGUAUCGGUUCGGGGUCCUUUAUACAGUCGUCGUUCUCUGUAGCUCAGGCUAUAGUCGAGCCGCACAACAUUCCUAACGCUGUGGGCUUUAUUUCUCUUGGCCAAGUCUCUGGGCUCACUAUUGCGCUGGCUAUCGUCAACAGUGUAUUGGUGAAUGGUGCCCAGGACAGACUUACCAAGAUUUUGCCCAAUCUAAGCAAAGACGCUGUGCAAGGUGCUAUCGCGGGAGUCAACUCUAUGAUAUUUGACGGCUUGAGCGCUGAAAAGCAAAGAGAGGUCCUUGACGCGAUUGUGAAAAGCAUCAGCGACACUUAUGGCACAACGAUCGCAGCCGGAGCUUUGGUGAUAGUCAUGAGCGUUUUCAUGUCAAGGCAAAAGCUGUUCCUGCAGGCGGGCCAAGCUGGCUAA